AUGACUGGUGUAACAACUUCAUCUAUUCCUCUCUCUGCUGAAACAUAUCUACAAGUAGAAGCUCAACUUGAAGUUGAGCAACAUCUUCCAUCCGUACAGUCUUCUGACUGGUAUUUGGACAGAUCAAAAUUCAUUCCUCUAAGGCUUGAAGUUACCGAACGCAAGUUUCUUCGUCUUUUAGAUGCUGCCUUGAAUGUAUCGGAAUAUACCGAUAAAAUCGAUAUCUUGACUCAUUCAAGCAAGACAAAACGGAUUGUUGCUCAGAUUAAAGAAUUGUGUGCUGUUUUGAGCGGACUGGUUGUUGCUGCUGAUUAUAAAGUUGGUCAGGAACUGUUUCAAAAUCGUGAUUUCCAAUCCAAUGCAGAGUUUUUUCAAGACAUUAUUGAGCUUGGGCGUCGACAUAAAAUCAUGAAUCCUGAAAAAAUGCGUAGUACUUAUGGUAAACUUGUGUAUAUGCUUCAGGACUCGCAAAUACCAGAAGUAAAGGAAAUGCUCGAGUUUUCCUGCUCAAAAAAAAUCAAGACAGUCUAUUCUGUUCUUGAAAAUAAAAAUGGCCUUGCUGUUCUUCAAGACCCUCUUGUUCAAACUGCAACACUGGAAAUCACUUCAGAAGGAAAGUCUCGUCGUCAAAUUCAAUCUGAAAUCAAACAAAAAGAGCGCGCAGUUGAAAUCCUAACUCGAAAAUACUGUACUAACGAUCUCCAACCCGAACUUAUUCGUCAAUGUCUCUAUUCCAUUGGCGACAAUCACGCUUUUUUACGAACCAAUCGUGAUCCCUGUGAUAAAAUGAUUGAGCAUUUAAAAGCGCUGUUUGAUCCAAAACGAGCCGAGAAUGGAUACUCAUUGGCUAUUCAAAGUGGUCAUCAUGGGGCUCGACUAUCACAUGGACAUGAAAAACAGUACCAGUAUGUUUUGCAGUCACUCACUCUAUGGCGCGAAGUCCUACAUGAAAUGUUUAUGCUAUGGACACUUGCCGAAGAAGAUCUUUUGGAUGAUGGUAAUUAUUACCGAUUAAGGGAUACAGGGCAGGGCUUGAAUCGUGUUCAAGCAGCCCCUCGUGUAUCCAGAGUCAUGCAUACUAUUUUGCAUCGUGCUCAACAGCGUGUUGGUCAUUGGGUUGGAUCUUCAGUCAUUCACUUGGGAGACCAUAAUGUUCCAAACGCACUCAUGUUCAUUGACAAGUACACUCAGAUUUAUCGUAUUCUCUUGCCCAUCACAACCACUCUUUCAAAACUUCCUGAUCUUGCUUGCAAUCCAUCCAUCAACACUUUUAUUGAAUCCACGUUUGGUGGCAUCAAGGAAGUUACCAAAGUAAUCCUUUGUGACUUUUUCCGUCAUGCCUUUGACGGAUCUGGGUCAGAUAACUUCUUUGAUGCUGGUAGCUGUAUUGAUGGUAGGUUAACCUCUGCAUGGAAUUGGUGCUCUCAAAUGGAGAAAAAACCCUACUUUCCAAUCUUUUUGCUGACUGGGUUUAUGGGAUUUGAUGGAGAUUUUUGAAACUAAACACCAAUUUUAAAAAGU